CACCAUUGACUUCAGUCACUGCCUUGCGUGGGGCAGGCACAUGCAUGCGCCAGCCGCAAGUUCGAUCGAAGAGGCUCACAGCAAUCUACACAACAUGACACUGGCAGUCUAUGGUUGAAAUGGGGGAACAUAACAGAACAGGCGACGCCGCCCUCGUGCGGGCCGUUCGACUCCUCGAUCAGGGCGAUGCCGAGGCGAUACCGGACAGGCUUGAAAGAGUAUGGAAUGCGCUGCAGGAUUAUCGUCGAGGCAGUCCUCACUCCGCCGAGAUGCUGUUGCGAUGGCUCCUGAAGAACAUGGCUGGAUCUACCGCAAACACCGAGCGAGUUCGACGAUACCCACGUGUUUGGGACAUCUUGGGCGCCGUGUUUGCCUUGGUUCCGACCAUUUCCCUGGCAAAAUCGCUGGCGGAUCGCCGCUUCGUGGGCAUACUCCAGCAGACACUCAAGGAGAUUGCGGCGCCACAAGAGGAGGAGGUCGCCCAGAACACUGGGACAGACUCCGACGUGGACAUGGCCGACGCCUCUCCUCUAGAGAGCCCGGGCAACCCCCGAAAACGCAAGAGAACCGACCCUGCCAGCUUCGAUCUCAAGAUUCAGAGCCAAGUAGCUGGUUGCCUUCAAACCGCCGAGUCCGUUUUUGAUGCCCUCCGAAUCCUCCUGUCUCGUUGCGAACAAGAGUCCCUGGACGGGCCAGUGGCCCACCGGAUGGGUGCCGAGCAUGUCAAGUCGCUGUUCGCGGUAUCUGCGGCCGAGAUUAUGGGCAUCUUGGUUCCGUGGCUCACCAUUUGCGGCUUUGCGCUGGACAAGAACAAAGCCGGUGUGGUCAGAGAGCAAUCGUCGUGGGUCUCGACCUGGGCGGCCUUCUGGGCGCUUCACCGCCAGAGUGCCGCUGAUGCCUCCGAAGUCGCAACUCACCUGUCUGGGACUGCUUUCCGUCUUCUGGGCAAGCUCACGGGCACUUCGAGGCAAACACAACCCGGCAUGGAUGUUGCCGUCCAGGACCGCUGGGCGAAAGAACUCCGCCUGUUUCUUUCGCGUAACUUGAUCUUGCCGGCCAGGGCCCUGUUCUUGACAAAUGGAAGCAAGGAGGUGGUGCAGAUCGCAGUCGACAUGUCAAGCGCCUAUGCACACAUCACCUUUCCCGUUCUGUUUGACCUUGUCAGCAAAUCGCCCCUCGAGUUCGGCGGGAAAACGUCCAGGAAGCAGUACGAAGCGUGGAUACAGACAGUUUUCGAUGCCAUUGUGCAUGCCUCGAAGAACAUCAACCGUGAAAACAGGAAGCUGGCCCUCCGGGCGAUCAUGGAGAUGGCAGCGGGGCGAAGCACAAGCCUGUCGGCUUCCAGUCUUCGUGCCGUGUGCAAAGACUACGCCAUCGGAAAGAACAACUACGACUGGAGUCUGCUGCUUUCCAUCAUCACACUUAAUCCCGAUGUCUUUUUAGUAACUGAGGAGGGAAACCGGCUUCUUGAGCAGGCUCUCGAGAAGACGAGAGAAUCCGAUCCGCUUGAUGCCGCAGAUUCAGAGGAGGCAGGACGAUUUAUCGUCCGGCUUGCUGAUGGGUAUGCACAGGCUCGCGAUCUGUCAACGUUUAUCAAGGUCUGGCUCAAGCAUCUUGCUCCUAUCAAGGCCAAAGCUGGUCUCCCACCUCUAUGGGCGCAACAAGAGCUUGACGAGACAGUCGCGAAACUGAUUCAGACAUCUUUAAACUCCAAUCAGCUCGUUGACAUCUUAGACUGGCUCUCGUCACAAACCCAGCCAAGUGAGGGCACUGCCAGGAUACACAUACUCGAAGCGAUAUCCAGCGGUAUCUCGCAGGAAGAGUUCGUCGACGCCGCAAACAUGAAGACCUUUGAGGGCACGCUCUUGGAGAAGUACUCCAAGAAGGACCUCCCGGCCGUCUCUGCAUGCCGGUGGAUGGUUGCCGCAAAGGCCAUAUCCCGGGGCACCCUAGAGGAAGCCGGGCAGAUUUGGUCUCAGGUCAGGUCGGACAUCAAGAGUGUUCUUCGCAAGUCACCCGUAGAUAGCGAAGGCACCUUUGCUGCUUUCAAAUGCUGUGUUGCAACCUGGCUGGCAAACCAUCCCGGCGGCGCAUAUGAGGAUGACGCAGCCACUCUGAUCUGCUCGUUUGCCGAGAGGCUUGAAGAAGAUGGUGAUUCCAUGGAGAUAAAUCUUUCCGAUGGCGGUAUCCCGGUCAGCAAAGGGACCUAUGUCUCUUGGAUUCUGUCCGAAGCGCCGCGCGUCUUGAGUCUGCUCGUCGAAAAGAACGAUCACAUCCCAAAGGCGGUAUCCUCUCUCUUGGCUAUUCCCAGAACCGAAGAUGCAGGCCGUCUUGAGCCUGUUCUAGCUGCCUGCCGCCUGCUGCUGGACCGCGAGAGCAGUUCUAAUGACCAGAAACUGAUGGACACGUUGAUCGAGACCAUGAUCUCGAUGAUUCACACGUCUAAGUCGGGCAGGUUGUGGCCACAGACAAAGACCGCCAUCCAAGUUUUACUCGGCGUCCCGACGGAAGUGCUGAGCAGAACCCAGCGUGAAGCAGCUAUGAAGUCGCUCGUUUCACACCUCCCAGGAGAGUCAGACAAACCAGAUGCUAUUGCACCGGAUUAUUGGAUGUCGGUGCUCAGUCUCAUGGUCAAACUAAUGAGACGGCCAACCUUCUACGAGGGGAUGAGCUUCUCUCAUCUUGAGUCAAUCGGGCGAUGCCUUCUGAAGGCACACAACCGCUCGAAUCGCCGUACUCGGGAAGGUGUACCAGCAGAUGAUGGCUCGGGUAGCUCAGGUGCCUUCAAAUCUCUGCAGCAGUUGGCUAUGCUAUCCAUUCGGCAAAUGGCAAGUGGGAACCCUGAAGAGCGGGAGAAAUCAUAUCUGGAGGAAGCCGCCUCGCUUCUGCAGAGCCCGUGCCAGGAUUCAGACGUAUCACGGAUCGUCCUGCUCCAAGCCUACAUAUCCACCUUGCAAGCCUCGCCUGCCCUUGAAACCCUUGAGGCAGAUGGCUUGGACCUGAACAGCCUCAAGAACCAUCUGCUCCAACUUACGUUACCGAUUAUUGCAUCCAAAAAGCGGAACGGCAAAUCCUUUCCAGCACUGCUCAUCGCCCUUGAGGCACUGAGCGACCUGGACCGUGAAGCCGUGAGACAAGUGCUUGCUAACUCCGCCCCUGGGCUCCUUAAGACGAGCGACUCACUUCUCGAAAACGGUGUCAAGGCUGGUUGGGGAAUCCGCAUAUUUCUGGCGAAUUUCUUUCCUGAAGCACUUACUUCCCCCUUGAGAGUCAGGAUGUCCCCCGAGACAUCAACUGCCGCUGAGCAGGAAGACGAGCCACGGAGCAGCGAGCCCGCUGCAACGCUAGGAAAGACGGCGUUGCUACGGUAUGUCGAUGCCGUCGUCCGGUCUGCCGACGAAGAGACGAAACGGCGGUAUCUCCAGGAGCUUCUGCUCGAGGACAGCGAUGGUCCAGACGUACUCGGUCGCCUGUUGGUCAUCUAUCGACUGGUCCAGCAUCUCAAGGGCUCUUCACGACCCUUGGCUUCCUCAGACCAAUUCGACCUCUCCCAAGCCCACAGCAUUCUCUGCGGCCGUCUCAUGCGAAUUAAAGCCCCGGCUCCCUUCCUCCUGACCUCAAAGGCGAUCCACCUCCUGCUCGACCAGAACCCCGCCAGCAUGACGCAGUGGAACAUCGAGCUUACCCUCUGCACCGUGUCAACCAUCUCUCUGCAGCCCUCAACGCAGGCCCUCAUCGCCGAAUCGCCGAACAUCUAUCCCUCCCUCUGCCGUCUCGUCGAGAUGAUCAUCAAGCGCCACAGGAAACGUCUCGAUGGUCACUUCCACGCCCUCAUUACCCCGCUGCAAUCCCUCAUCCGCCUGCUCCUCUCCCGCCCCUGCACCCACCCUCCCACCAUCGGCAGCAGCACCACGACGGCAGUCACCUCCAUCUCCGCCUCCACCACAUCACCUGAGCAAACAGCGCAGUGGGAGAAACACGCCAAGCUCUUCGCCCGCUUACUCACGCUCGUGUGCGAGCCGACGGUGGCGUCCGUGUCGCGGCACUCGCACUCCCACUCGCACGCGAGCGGCCCGCUCGAUUCGGAAAAGGACCGAGCCAAGCGGUACGCGGGGCAGUACAUGCACCGGGUGCUGGCCGAGUACGUGCGGCUGCAGCUCGAGUACGUGGUGCCGCACGGGGUGCGCGAGGCGCUCGAGCCGGGCAUGUACUCGGUCCUGGACAUCACGGGGCAGGACGUGCUGCGGAGUGUGAAUGAUGCCAUGGAUGCGAGCGGGAGUGUCAUUUUCAAGGAGAUGUACAAGAUGUAUCAGCGGUUUGGGAAGUGGACUGGUGUUUGAGCCAUGUACGUAUGUACGUAGCGUGAGAUAUUCAAUGGUGUAGCUGGCUAGGUAGUUACUCCCAACAUUGAAGGGCUAUAUUGCGUCU